GCUGAGAGCAUAGCACAUUUCACCAGCAUGAUUAAAAAAAAUUAAUAUAAAAAACAUGCUUCAUUCAUGCAUGCUUAGGUUAUUGUAAGAAGAUGGAAUUCUUCACUUUUAUAGAAGUGGUUGCUUUACGACAACACCGCCCAUCUCUCCUUUACUUACCUUUCCAUGAUUCCAUCUCUUUCUGAAUCUGCACAAUUUCCUCAAUAAACAAACCAACCCUCUUCUCUUCUACACAGCAUCUUGUCUUAAAAUUGGGGAGAAUGAGGGCCUCUACAGCUCAAAGCUUCCUCAAACUGCUGGCAGAAAAUCUCGACGUCGUUGCUGGGCCUGUGGUGACUCUGGUUUAUCCUCUAUAUGCUUCGAUAAGGGCGAUCGAGACGAAAUCAGUUGGUGAUGAUCAGCAAUGGCUUACUUAUUGGGUUCUUUACUCCAUGAUUACUCUUUUUGAGCUUACCUUUGCACCGCUUAUUCAGUGGCUUCCUUUCUGGACGUAUGCGAGGCUCAUAUUCACCUGCUGGUUAGUCAUACCAUACUUCAGUGGAGCAGCAUCUGUGUACAAUAACGUGGUCCGCCCCUACAUUGUGACCAGGCAGAAGAGGAUCAACAUAUGGUACGUGCCCAACAUCAAGGACGUCUUCACCAAGCCCCACGACAUCGUCACUGCUGCAGAGAGAUACAUCCAAGAAAACGGCCCCGAAGCAUUCGAGAAGAUCAUUCAAAGGAGUAACAGAGGAACAGCGUCGAGCAUGAACAAGUUCACCAACAACACUUCGUUCUACGAUGACAACUACAAAUAUGAGGAUGACUACAGGUACUGAUUGCCUGGGGUUGCUGCUCAAUUUUUAUGUUUAAUUCGACGGUUUAUCUCAAGGCUACUUGUGGUGUUGUGUUAUUGCAAGCUGCUGUUGUAACAAUAACUUGCUCAGGCAAACAAUAAAAGUAAUGCAAACAAUAUUAUGUAUUUUGGACCCAAA